UUCCAUUUCGCCGUUCGGAGCGUCAGUCGGAAACACAGUCGCCGGCGGUGGAGCGAAAAUGGAUCCAGACGCUCUAGCUAAAGCGUUCGUCGAGCACUACUACUCCAUGUUCGAUUCCAACCGUGCCGCCCUCGGAAACCUGUAUCAGGACGCCUCCAUGCUUACGUUCGAAGGCCAGAAGAUCCAGGGCUCCCAGAACAUCGUCGCCAAGCUCACCUCUCUCCCUUUCCAGCAAUGCCAGCACGCGAUCACUACCGUCGAUUGCCAGCCCUCUGGUCCUGCCGGCGGCAUGCUCGUCUUCGUCUCCGGCACCCUACAACUCGCCGGCGAACAGCACGCGCUCAAGUUCAGCCAGAUGUUCCAUUUGAUGCCAACCCCUCAAGGAAGCUUUUAUGUUUACAAUGACAUUUUCCGGUUGAAUUAUGCAUAGGGGGGAUCUUUGGCCUGCAAAGAUGUGUAAAUCAAGUGGCACCAAAUCAAAUCAAUUGAAUUUGUUUGUUUCGAGUUUUAGACUUUAUGGUGUGAGAUUUAGGAUCAUCAUCAUCAGUGUAUCUUUCAACCUCCUUGUCAGAUAUGAUAAGAGAUUGCUCUGUUUUUCCUGGAUUUUGAAUGCUUCUUCUUCAUACUAUUUAUCAGUAAGGUCUUGCUUAUGAAGUGCCAUGAAAACAUUGUAUGCAUCUACUGCAAGCUUGUAUCUAUUUGAAAGACUACAGUAAUGGCAUUGCUAUGAAAAUUUAUAUAUA